UCAUAUCACAUGUAAACAUCACACUCUGUCUCUCUCUCUCUCUAUCUUUCUCUCUCCCCUGAGCUGCAUUUUCCGACGACCGUGAUCCUCCUCCGGCCACCUGAAACAGCUCAAGAACACAAAUCAAAAUCUUCAAACAGUAACAUGAAAGCGAUUCCAUUGAUUCCUUUCGGCUCAUUCAUCUUCCUAAUUUCCUCCAUUGUUCGUCGCAUACCACUUCUCAACCUCCGUCUUCUCUACUUCCUCUUCGUCCCAACCUAGAUCAAAUUUCUCAAUGGAACAAGAAGACUCAUCUCCGAUUCUCUCUCUCCUCACAGACGACCUCCUCCUCCGCGUACUCAACAAUCUCCCAGGUGAAUCCGAUCGCAAGACAUUCCGUUCCGUCUGCAAAACCUUUCUCCGUCUCGACUCCAUUCAUCGCACCUCCCUCCGUAUUCUCCGCACCGAAUUCCUCCCUACCUUACUCCGUCGAUACCAACGAAUCGAGUCUCUCGAUCUCUCCGUAUGUCCCAGAAUCGACGACGGUACGGUAGCGAUUCUGAUGGGCGGUGUUUCAUUCGGUUGGAGUCAGAGUCUGAGGACUCUUAUACUCAGCCGAUCGUCUGGAUUGAGAUCUGGAGGAUUGGAGAGACUGAUUCGAGUUUGUCCGAAUCUGGAAAUUAUUGAUGUUUCUUAUUCAUGUGAUUUUGGGGAUAGAGAGGUAGCGGCUUUGUCGUUCUCAUCUAGUUUGAAGGAUCUGAAGAUGGAUAAAUGCUUAGCGGUUACGGAUGUUGGUCUUGCGAAGAUAGCGGUUGGGUGUAGUAAUCUUGAGAGAUUUAGUUUGAAAUGGUGCUUUAAGAUUACUGAUCUUGGUAUUGAUCUUCUUACGAAGAAAUGCUUUAAGUUGAAGUAUCUGGAUAUCUCUUAUCUAAAGGUGACAAAUCAUUCGCUAAUGUCAAUUGCUUCUCUGCAAAGGCUGGAGGUUUUAGCUAUGGUGGCAUCUAAUUUUGUUGAUGAUGAAGGUUUGCAUCAUCUUGGAAAUGGUUGUCCUUCACUUCAGAUUCUAGACUUAUCAAGAUGUGACAAAAUCAGCACGUUUGGUCUGAGUUCCGUGAUGAGAGGACAUCAUGGUCUUCUGCAAAUAUACGCAGCUUACAGUUUCUUUGAAUUUUCAACGAGCAUACUCAACCAAGUGAAGAAUAUGAGGAAUCUGAAGACAAUUAGGAUUGACGGGGCUCGAAUAAACGAGGCAAGUUUUGAAAUACUUGCUACCAAUUGCAAGUCGUUGGUAGAAGUUGGACUAAGCAAAUGCAAAGGAGUGACAGAUAGUGGCUUAAGGCUGCUAGCUGAAGCUUGUUCAAGUUUAAGACAUGUUAACUUGACUUGCUGUAACUCUAUUACUGAUUUAUCAAUAAUAUCAAUAUCACAGUUUUGUAAAGGUCUCUUAAUCCUUCAGUUAGAGGCUUGUAUUUUGAUAUCAUAUACUAGUCUUCGUUGUUUAGGAGUUUGUUCUUCACAACUCAAGGAGCUUGAUCUUACGGAUUGCUCUGGCGUUAACGAUACAGGUCUUCGAUUUUUGUCUGGUUGUUCACAGCUUGCAUGCUUGAAACUAGGGCUUUGUACAAACAUAUCAGAUGAGGGAUUGUCUUAUAUUGCUUCAAAGUGCAGACAUAUUCAUGAGUUGGAUCUCUACCGGUGCACAGGAAUUGGUGAUGGUGGAUUAGCUGCUAUAUCAACUGGUUGUAAGAAGAUGAAAAAGCUAAAUAUAUCUUACUGUUAUGAAGUUACUGAUGAGGGGAUAAAAUGGUUAGGAUAUUUGGAAGAACUAUCUGAUUUGGAGUUAAGAAAUCUUGUGAAAGUGACUGGUUCAGGUUUGGCAGCCAUUGCUUCAGGUUGCAAAAAGCUUUCUGAUUUGGAUCUUAAAAGCUGUAUCAACAUUCAAGAUUCCGGUUUCUGGGCUCUUGCGUAUUACAGAGUUAACUUAAGACAGAUAAAUCUAAGUCAUUGUGGAAUAUCUGAUGCGGGAUUGUGCAUGGUAUUAGGAAACUUGACCCGACUACAAGAUGCGAAACUGGUAAACCUUAGAAACGUAACGGUCCAAGGGUAUGAGUUAUCUUUGAGGGCUUGUUGUGCUAGGCUGAAGAAGGUAAAGCUGCUAGCUAAUCUUUCUUUUCAACUUUCUCAUGAACUACAAGAUACUUUAAGGAUAAGGGGCUGCAGAAUUAGAUGGGAUUGAUUAAGAAACUAAGUAUAUGAUGAUGGGAAAUCCUCUAUCUUGUGAUUAUGCAUUUUGGAGACCAAACAAAUUGGAUGUAAGUUGUUUGAGUCAGUUGUUUUUUUCAAUGAAAUGCCAAACUAU